AUGUCCUAUAGACAAAACAAAAAUAAUAUUUUUAAUAUUAAAAGAAAAGAGCAGGAACGCCGUCGACAAAGAAGACGACAACAACUGCUUAAUGAUCGUCGCACCAUAGAACCUCGUGUUGGUAGCGAUGAACAUCGUCGUCAACAAAGACGACGAAUUACUAUGACAAAGAAGGAUUAUGAAAAGAUAGAAAAAACAAUGACUACCUUUUCUAAUCCAUCUGACUUAGAUGGCUAUGAUGAGUUAGAAAAAACAGCAACUAACUCACAUAGCAAUGCUUUCUUCGAGAACCAUAGAGAGCUAGAAAAAACAACAACUAGAUCUUAUGGUUCUGCCGGCUUUGAAACGAUCGGGGAUCGUGUUCGAAAUCGUAGAGAAGCCGUGACAAAAUCAAGAGAGCCAGAAUGGCAAGCUAGUCUUGGAGAAAUCCAAGCACCCCCUUACGAGGCUAUAGACUCUCUUGCGAAAGAGAAGGCUAGCGGGGCUUUUGGAGAGUACGGGGCUGGAACUAUCAGUGCUAGACUUAGUGGUGAUAGACCGGUCAGCGGAGCUAGCCCCACUACGCCUUCUUUUUCACCAGAUCCCCUUAAUGACCCCUCUCAGGACGCCCCUAUGAAUCCCCCUGAAGAAACCCCCUUUGUCCCCACUAAUGACCCACCUAAUGAUGCCCAAAUGAUGGAGGAUACCUUAAGUGAUGGUGAGGUUGCUACUCUACUAGAGGAAAUAAACCAUGAAGAGGAAAAUGCUACCUUAGAUUUCCUCACUCUAGAUAGAGUACCACCUACAGAAAAUGAAACACAUCUCCUCCAACUGGCAAGAGCAAAUAAUACAGAUGACGAGAUUGAAUUUACAGUCAUCAGAAAAAGAGAUUUUGGGCUAGAAAAUACUGCGCAAGCAUGGCGUGGUAUGUUAGGGGAAACCUAUAGAAUAAGUCGAUUAAUUAAGGAACAUGGCUUAAUUCCCCUGGUAGAAUUAGUAUUUGGUGGAAGGCGGCGACGAUUUAUUAUUAACUUAGAAAAUGUUGAUCCGCAAGUAUUUAUUAAUAAAUGUGUGGGAUUUGAAGUUGGUAUAGAAGAAUUUUGGAGGAGAUAUGAUGAUGAAGAAAGUGAGUUAAAUAUUCCACCAGGAAAAAUUGUAAAAGAAAUCAUCAUUACAAUAUUGAAACCUCCUCAACGACAACGAAUAGAAGGUGCGUUAUUUAAUUAUUAUUUGGUUGAACAUUGGGCACCUCUAGAACAUAUCCUCAAAAAAAUAUCAAAUCUAUAG